AUGCUAGCCGAUGAAAGUGCUGAUCAUACUCCAGAGCAGGACUGGCUUCAUGAAAAGAAAUCCCCAGGACUGCAGGAUACAAACAUCGACCAGCAAUCCUCGACAUCCCCUAGCGAUGAGGGUGAAUAUCCGACCGGCUUACGAUUGCUUUUCAUUGUUGUUGCCUUGGUCUUGGCAAUUUUCUUAACUUCCUUGGACUUUACCAUUAUUUCCACGGCUAUUCCACGUAUUACCGAUGACUUUCAUAGUCUCGGAGACGUGGCUUGGUACGGGUCGGCCUUCUUCCUGGUGACUGCAGGCUUUCAAACCGCUUGGGGCAAGGCGUAUCUCUUUUUUAGCUUGAAGAUCACAUUCCUGCUGGCCAUUUUCAUCUUCGAAGUGGGGAGUUUGAUCUGUGGAGUCGCCCCUUCCUCGGUAGCUCUGAUUGUCGGCCAUGCGAUCGCUGGAUUGAUCGGUCUUUCCUAUGGAAUCGCAUCGGUCGUGGGACCACUUCUUGGCGGGGUUUUCACAGAAAAAGUCACCUGGAGAUGGUGCUUCUAUAUCAAUCUACCAGUAGGUGCGGUCUCAGCAAUCUUCAUUAUCGUCUUUUUCCAAAGCCCGCCAGCCUCGAAGUCUACGGAUACCUCACCGGUGUGGUCGAAAGUGAUGCAGAUGGACCCCAUUGGGACCUUAUUGAUGAUGGCUUCCGUGACCUGCUAUAUCCUCGCAAUGCAAUAUGGCGGAUUGACCCAUCCCUGGAACAGUUCGGUUGUCAUUGGCUUAAUCGUCUGCUUCGUGGCGAUCCUAGCCGUUCUCUGUGGCUGGGAAAUAUACAUGGGCGAGAUGGCCAUGUCCUGCCCUCGCUUGGUAAAACAGCAUGCGAUUCCCUCGGCAGUGGGCUUCUUCUUCUUCUUCGGUUCAUACAUCGUGGUGAUUUAUUAUCUGCCCAUCUACUUCCAGAGUAUUGAUGGCACUUCCGCCAUCGGCUCGGGUGUUCAUAACCUGCCUUUAUUCCUCGCGGUGUCCAUUUUCACGGUUCUCAGUGGCAUUUUGAUUUCCAUGACUGGCUAUCCCGCACCGUUUGUUAUAUCUGGGGCCGCACCGGCGUCGGCAAAUGGAUUUGGAGUCCAGGUUCCGAUGAUCAUGGCACAGGGAAAUACCGAGCCACAAGACAUGGCAGCGACAACUGCUAUUCUAAUGUGCUUCCAAACCGUCGGUGGUGCCUUUAUGCAAUCCGGUGCCCAAGCCGCAUUCGCAAAUCGCCUCCUCAUUGAACUCCCCCAAACAGCACCAGAUGUUGAUCCUUCCGCUGUAGUUGCUGCGGGAGCCACAGAGCUAAAAUCAUUCGGUUCCAGUCUAGAUGGAAUCCGCCUCGCUUACAUGGACGGAAUCAAAGUCACAUUUGCAUUGGCAUGUGCUUCGAUGGGUGUGGCUUUCCUCUUGGCCUUUUUCGCUCGGCGAGCACGGAUUGGGGGGGAAGCCGUGAAAAAUGCCAUGGCUGCUGCUUAG